AUGAGCCUUCAAGAACUUGUCACUUCUCUUACUCAAAGCCAAACCCAAUUUCAACAAGAAACCAAGAAUACUUUCUCCAACAUUCAAGCACAAAUUGGAGACAUGGCAACCGCUCUCAACAAGAUAGAACAAAGGGGUAAACUUCCAUCACAAACCAAGAAGAACCCCAAUGUGAGUGACAUCACCUUGCGAAGUGGGAAAACACAUGGAGAAUGUCAACCUAAAAGAGUUUCAAGAGAAGACGAAGAUGAAGUGAUCAUUGUGGAACCUUCAAAAGUUGUAGUUCCUCCAAAGGAACCAGUUGUGCCAAAUGUUGAUCAACCCGAUCCUUCUAACAAACCCAUCAAACCAUUGGUCAUACCACCACCUUUUCCAUCCCGGUUGGCUUCCUCAAAGAAACAAGAAGAAGAGGAAGAGUUUCUUGAGACUUUCCGCAAAGUUCAACUCAAUAUUUCACUAUUGGAUGCCAUUAAGCAAAUCCCAUGUUAUGCCAAAUUUCUUAAGGAUUUAUGCACCAACAAGAGAAAAUUCAAGACAAAUGAGAAGAUUCAAGUCAAUGCAAAUAUAUCUGCGGUCAUCCAAAAGAAGCUUACACCCAAAUGCAAAGACUCGGGAAUGUUUGCUAUACCCUGUACCAUUGGUGAUUUACAUGUUGAAAGUGCCAUGCUAGAUCUUGGAGCCUCAAUCAAUGUCAUGCCAUACUCGGUUUUUCAAUCUCUCAAUGUUGGACCUUUGGAAAAAACCGGAGUCAUCAUUCAAUUAGCGGGCAAGUCAAGCAUAUUUCCAAGAGGCGUGUUAGAGGAUAUACUAGUUCAAGUCAAUCAACUAGUAUUUCCCACAGAUUUCUAUGUCAUUGACCUUGAAUAA